AUGGCCUCUGCCAAACCCAUGGUACCUGCAUUAGACGCAGAGAACGCCGACCCCGACAAAGGCACAAAGUACGACUUCCCUCGUGAUUUAAUAGGCUACGGCCGCCAUCCACCUAAUCCGAAGUGGCCAAAUGGAGCGAAGAUUGCAGUCAGUUUCGUGAUAAACUAUGAAGAGGGUGCUGAAAGAUCCGUCCUCAACGGCGACUCUCAGUCCGAGUCCUCCCUCCACGAACAAGGCGGCGACCGACCAGGUCGGAUCGGCGAGCGUGCCAUUAAUGUUGAAAGCGACUACGAGUAUGGCUCGCGAGUUGGGAUCUGGCGGAUGCUGAACCUUUUCGAGGCGCACAAGAUGCCCAUCACCGCUUAUGCGGUCGGUCAAGCAUUAGAGAAGAACCCCGAAGUAACGAAAGCGUUCCAGAGCGGCGGGCAUGAGAUUGCUAGUCAUGCGUAUCGCUGGAUUGAUUACCACCGUACGUAUCGUUGA